AUGGAGUCCUUCCAACAGCAGCUCGAGCCAGACGAGUCGGAAAAACGAAAACCGAAGGAACACAAGAGAUCUCGGAUCGAAGUGCGUCUUCGGUCUAAACCGAAAGACUAUGUCCCAGGCAGUGGCCCUCCACUGCAGCCCAUUAGCUUGCUACCACCCCAAGACUCGACCGCGUACAUACUGGAGCGAAUUAUCCUUCCCUCGCCGGGACUUGCUGCAGAUGGACUUCCUCUACCUAGGCGGAUGACAUAUAUCGUGUCAUGGACGGACCUACCAGCGGCACAGAUGUUGGUUCCUGCGAUGGAUGUUCUGGAAUACGUAUCGCCGAGGAAAUUGGAAGAAUGGGAAUUCAAGAAUACGGAAGAGCAGCUGGAGGAAGAAACGACGGAGAAAAAGAAGACUGAAGCUGGACAGGUUACACAGCCAAAGAGGCGUGGUAGACCGCCCAAGCACAGUACGAUAGAAACGGCUGUUGUUGCGGUGGUAGAAGACGAUGAGGCUCUUCCAAUGAAGGGGGCCAUGUCGAUCAAGACCCCUACAAAGAACAGAUUAAAGGACUUUGAGGGGUUAUCGGAUGAAGAGGGUCCGGCGAGGCAGUUGCAGUGGGAAAUGACUGGCGACUCGGCUGAGACGGAUGAUCAGGCAUUGGAUGAGCAAAGAGGGACUAUUGAGAACUCAGAAAGCGCUUUUAGUGACACUAAGAUGGAUCUACCGCAAGGUUCAGCAGCCGAGUCCCACGUCCCAAAGAAAAGUCAUACCAAAGGCAAACAUUUCGAGUCGAUCCCGUCAACAGGGACCUCAAGUCGCCAAAGCACGCCCCAGAUCCCGAGCAUACGCUCAAAGUCUGAAGGCAAGAAGAAGCUUAGCCGUUCUUUGAAGAAAUCACAUCCUUCUAAUGAACCAUUGGGUGGCGUUCAAGGCACAGGCUCCGCCUCAGACUGGACGCCCAAAGAGUCACUCACCUACUCUAACUCCGGGGUUGAGACACCAGAUCCAGAGUCAGAAACCCAAACAGCACGUCUCAUCGAAGAAGCUAUGUCGGUUCAGAAGAAACCUUCAAAGUCGAAGUCAAAGUCCAAAAGUAGCAUCCCCGAGGCUCCAGAGCCAGUUCCUCAGGAAAACCCCAACCAAGAAGAUCCAGAAGAGGCAGAAGAACCAGGCUGGGAGGUUAAACGCCUCGAAGACAUGGAACUCUACGAUGUCGAAGGUCAAGGUCUAGUGCGCUACUUCUUGGUCCGCUGGGAAGGCGACUGGCCUCCUGACCAGAACCCCUCCUGGGAGCCAGAAUCCAACCUCCCCAAAGAUCUCAUCAAAGCGUACCUCCGCAACGGGAAGAGAAAGCGCUCAGACAAACCGGCUACAAAGCCAGCUUCCAAGCAACCCUCCGUUGCACCGUCGUACGCACCAAAGAAGAAGUCUAUGAAACAAACUACUUUAUCGUGGGGCAUUCCCGCAAAGCAGUUCAAAAGCGUCAGUGAAGCUUUCGCAGGCGGUGAAGAAGACGAACUCGGAAUGCCCAUCGCUGCGGAUCCACGUAAGGAUGAUGAUGAAGACGAUGAGCUUUUCGUCGUGGAGGAACCGCCUGCGAAGAAGAGGGCUAAGAAUGGGGGUGCGAAUGGAUGGGGAGCGGCUGAUUAUAGAUGA